GGCGGGGCUAGAGCUACAGUGCGAGGAAGAGAUGCGAGUGAGAGGCAAUCCGGAGGAAGCACAAAUAACCAAAUCACAGGAAGCGUUCAUACUCAUUUUUACAGUGAGCCUCGAUCCCUAUCAGAACAAACAGGCAGGCGGGCGCGCUGAGGGCGGACAUUGGAAUUAAACCAACUGGUUUAAUUUCAUCCGCAUCCUCAUAUCAGAGGAAAUCGUCCGCAUCCGCCUCUACAGUAGUGACCUAGAAAGUAAACAUUCGUCUGGCAGAUGGAGAAACAGGCCGGAGCUGCCGGGGCGGCGGACGGAGCAGGGUCGAACAGAAAGCUCUGGGGCUCGCCGACCGGCGCACCAGCCACCGGAGAAACCCUGGACAGUCCAACAGGUUCUCAUGUGGAGUGGUGCAAACAGCUGAUCGCAGCCACCAUCUCCAGUCAGAUCUCAGGAUCAGGCCCAGCUGACGUCGGGAACAGGGACAACAAGGCUGGGAGAAGACCAGGUUUCAUGGUGUCCAAGAGGCUGACUCCCAGGCAAGAUUCACAAGAUGAAGGUCUUUGUUACCAUGGAGAAAGUGAUUCUGAGCAUCCUUCCAAUGCUUUGAACCUUCCAGCUUUGAGAUACGGGGCGCAGGUCACAAUGUUCCAGAACCAGGUUCCUCUGCUACCAGGAGAGUCCGUCCAGACUACAGUCAAGGAUGUGAUGUAUAUCUGUCCAUUCAGCGGUCUGGUUAAUGGAACCCUGACCAUCACAGACUACAAACUCUACUUCACUAGUGCGGAACGGGAGUCUCCGUUCGUUCUGGAUGUGAACCUGGGAGUGAUCAGCAGACUGGAGACCAUCAGUGUUCCCAACCAGGGAGAGAACACCAAAGGCCUGGAGCUGGUCUGCAAGGACAUGAGGAGUCCCAGGUUUGCCUAUAAGACAGAGGAGAGCCACCCGGACGUGGUGGAGCUGCUGGACAAACACGCCUUCCCCCUCUCACACAGCCUGCCCCUGUUUGCCUUCCUGUACAAGGAGCAGUUUCCUGUGGACGGCUGGAAGGUGUACGACCCGACAGCAGAGUACAGACGCCAGGGCCUCCCUAAUGAGAGCUGGACCAUCAGCAAGAUGAACAGCACCUAUGAGCUGUGUGACACCUAUCCCUCCACCCUGGUCAUCCCCACCAACAUUACAGAAGAAGACAUCAAACGGGUGGCUGUGUUUCGAGCCAAGCACCGCAUCCCGGUCCUGUCCUGGAUUCACCCAGAGUCUCAGGCAACCAUCGUACGCUGCAGCCAGCCGCUAGUCGGCCCUUCAGACCGCCGCUGUAAAGAGGACGAACGCUACCUCCAAAUCAUCAUGGACGCCAACGCUCAGUCCCACAAGCUGAUCAUCUUCGACGCCCGGCAGAGCAGUGUAGCAGUCACCAACAAGGCAAAGGAUGGAGGGUAUGAAAGUGAGAGCUUCUACCAAAACGUGGAGCUGAACUUCCUGGAAAUCCCCAACAUCCACGUGAUGAGGGAGUCUCUGAGGAAGAUGAAGGAUGUGGUUUAUCCCACCAUAGAUGAAGCCCACUGGCACUCCGCUAUCGACCAGACACACUGGCUGGAGUACAUACGGCUGUUAUUAGCAGGAGCAGCAAAGAUAGCUGAUAAGCUGGAGUCUGGAAAGACGUCGGUGGUGAUUCACUGCAGCGACGGCUGGGACCGCACUGCUCAGCUCAGCUCUCUGGCCAUGCUGAUGCUGGACAGUCACUACCGCACGCUCCGAGGAUUCCAGGUUCUGGUGGAGAAGGAGUGGAUAAGUUUUGGACACAAGUUUGCUGCUCGCGUGGGUCACGGCGACGAGAACCACGCUAACUCCGAGCGCUCGCCUCUCUUUGUCCAGUUCAUCGACUGCGUCUGGCAGAUGACUCGACAGUUCCCAGCAGCCUUUGAGUUCAACGAGCUGUUUCUGAUCACAGUGCUGGACCACCUCUACAGCUGUCUGUUUGGUACAUUCCUGUAUAACAGUGAGCAGGAGAGGGCGGCCAAGGAGGUGCAGACCCAGACUGUGUCCCUGUGGUCCUACAUCAACAGCCAGCCGGAGGACUUCAGCAACCCCUUCUAUGUGGACUACCAGCACCAUGUCCUGUAUCCGCUGGUUUCCUCUAGACACCUGGAGCUGUGGACCGCCUACUACGCCCGCUGGAACCCCCGCAUGAGACCCCAGGUGCCGGUGCACCAGACGCUGAAGGAGCUGCUGAUCCUGAGAGCAGAGCUGCAGCGGAGGGUGGAGGAGCUGCAGAGAGACGCCACCUCCCACUCCCUGUCCUCCUCCUCGGAACACUCGCCCUCACACUCCACAGGAACGCCCCUGCACGGCGCCGUCUGACACACACGCACACACACACACACACACACACACACACACACACACACACACACACACACACUAAUAGAAACACACACACACAUAGAAACACACACGGACACACACAUGCGUGUUUUAGCCCACUUACUACAAAUACUGAUGUUUACAAUGUGGAGGCUUUACAAAGAGAUUCCUAAUUUAUAUUAACAAUCCUAAAUACUGUUUUAGCAAAGAAAAAUCUCCGUUGUUAAAAAAAAAAAAAAAAAAAGUAUUUAAAGUAUUACAGACUAGCCU